AAAAAACUUCAAGCUUUGAUAUCUUGACGCCUGCUUGACGCCUCGUCCCGCCCCUUUUGGUGAGAGAUAGCUAUCGGCCAGCCAUGGCACAUGUAGCUGUUUGCCCCGUCAGCUUCCACAAAUUCCGGCCUUUUCAUUUCAACCUCCGCCCAUCUCUGCACAUUCAACACCCCUAUUUUCAAUACCUCAAGAGCUGUAGACGCUUUCAUCAUCAGAUACUUUGCGAAACGAAUCCUAAUCGCAAUCCAGCCGAGUGUUGCCAAACGGCUGAUUCUGUAGAAAAGGUACAGGUAGAUCCUGGCUCUAGCAAUGGUGUUGCUAGCAGUGAAGUUUCAGUUUCCUCCAAUGACCGUGGAAGGUUUCUUGACUACGCAGACACAAAUUUUAAUAGGAGAAUAGCACUGGUCUCUGCUGUUGGGGCAGUGGUGCUUUUUUUGUCACAACGACUUGAUUUUGGUGUUUCUUUGAAAGAUCUUUCUGCUGCUGCUUUGCCUUUAGAGAAGGCCCUUUCAAAUGGAAAGCCUACAGUGGUGGAGUUCUAUGCAGAUUGGUGUGAAGUUUGUAAGGAAUCAGCUGCGGACGUGUAUAAAGUUGAGCAGCAGUACAGGGACAGAGUGAAUUUUGUGAUGCUGAAUGUGGACAACACAAAGUGGGAACAAGAGCUUGAUGAGUUUGGAGUGGAAGGCAUCCCCCAUUUCGCAUUCCUCGACAAGGAUGGGAACGAGCAGGGCAAUGUCGUUGGUCGCCUUCCAGGGCAGUACUUACUUGAAAACGUGGAAGCGCUCUCUCAAGGAGGGCAAACAUCUGUACCCCACACACAUAUGGUGGGCCAGUACUCUAAUACUGCUGCUGGAUCGCGUGAACUCCAUCGAGUGGUGGGUCCCAGAAGUCAUGGUUAGCCCCCCACACAAUGGCAUACACACAACUUGCAACUUGGUGUUUUCUCACUUCACAACUUGUUUGUGAACACACUUUGUUCAUAACAUUGUUUCCCUAUCAUUGUUUGCCUUCACUCUUAUAUUAGAGCAAAAGCUGACCAAAAACAUUGUUCAUCAUACUUCUGUAAAUAUAGUUCCUCUUCAUUACCCUAAUUCACGCGAGCUCUUGGCAGUUGUGCUUUCACAUUUUGCAAAUGUAAAUUCUCCUGGAAACGUCUCAUAGCACGAAAAGGAAAAAACAAUUAUGGGGGUUUCGAUUUCAAUCAAGAAAAUGCCGACUAUUUCAAUUCCAA